AUGUCUGCUGCUUUGAAAACUCUGGGGAGUUUCUUCCGAGUACCACAAGUUUCGCAGGCAGAAAUUGAAUCAUUUCACGACGCGCACUUCUCCAACGCGUCCAUCGGGCAUUUCGAUUUCCAAUUUUUCCGGCCAGAAAAUGCAGAAGGUAAUAGUCAAUACUACGAAGAAAACGAAGAGUAUUACGAGGAGUAUUACGAAGAGGAUGAUGGCCUCGGCUACUACCCCGAUGGCGUCAAGCGCACCCUAACCGACGAGCAAAUCGCGAUUUUCCGACAUUCAGAAAUCGAAGCCCUGCGUCGCGUCGAAUCCAAAGCUGAUAAGCUCAGGAAGGAAUCGGCGGCGUUGUUACAGGCAGCUAAGGAAGAGGACGCGUCUAAUUCCAUCUCUGAUUCGAUACCACAAUCUCCAACCAAUAUCAAAGCCGAGAAUUCUGAUAAGGCGGAGAUUAAGGAAGAGGAGGAUGGCGAAGUGCAGGAUGGUAGUGAAGACGGCGAGAUCGAAGUAGAGCAACCCCAACUUACAAAAGCCGAAAUAAGGCGCCAAAAGCGACAGCGCUCGAAGCGAAAGAAACAAGACCAACGUAAAUUCAAUCCCGAGAAGAAGCCUGAUUUACGAAAGAGGACCUGGGACGUGGUUGAAGCUGGUAUGGACAGCUUGGAUUACGAUGAAUUCGAUGGAGCCCAGGAUGCGUCUGCAACUCCUGCGGCACAGCGCCGACGUAUUUCGUACGACGAUUGA